AUGCAAAUGCAGUACGAAAAGCAGCCCCCGCCGUCCGAGACACGCAAGACGCAGCCUCGCAUCGUCAUCCACGGCGGCGCAGGCAACAUUGUGCGCGCCAACUUCCCGCAGGACAAAUACAAUGCGUAUCGAGAUGCGCUCCUCGCCAUAAUCACCAAGACCAAUCAGUACAUAACCACACCCGUCAAGUCGUCCCAGAAGCCAUCAGCCCUGGACAUUGCUUGCUACGCAGUCCGCCUCCUCGAGGACAACCCGCUCUUCAACAGCGGGCACGGCGCCGUCUUCACCCGCGACGGCGUCAACGAGCUGGAGGCGUCCGUCAUGGUGUCCCGCGGCCGCGAGAAGCGCGGCGUCGGCGUCAUGGGCCUCCGCCACGUCCGCAACCCCGUCCUGCUCGCCAGGGGGGUCCUCGAGCACGGCGACCAGGAUCUCGCGCCGCGGGGCCAGGCGCCGUGCGCCGCCGCCGUCGCGGGCCACCGCCUCGACGUUCCUUCUGCCCAGGGGCACACGCAGAUCUGGGGCCCCGCGGCGGAACAGCUCGCGCGCAGAUACGGCCUCGACAUGGUGGACCCGAGCUACUUCUUCACGCAGCAGCGGUGGGACGAGCACGUCCGCGCGCUGGAGCGGGAGGGACGGGGGCGCGGGCAGGGGACGUGGUCUGCCGACGAGUAUUUGCCGCAGGGCACGUGUGGCGCCGUUGCCCUCGACGAGGACGGCGUCGUCUGCGCGGCGACGAGCACCGGCGGCAUGACCAACAAGUUGACGGGGAGGAUCGGCGACACGCCCGUUGUGGGAGCCGGCUUCUGGGCCGAGGAGUGGGAGGAGAGCGGUGCUGCCGGGCCUUCGGCAUGGGAGAGGCUCACGGCCGCCGUGAGGGCUGCGUCGCCCGGUAUUUCGCUCGCAGGGCCUUUGAAGGGGCUGUUGGCAGAUUGCUUCCCUACGCCCUUCUUCUACUCGCCCCUCCGCGAGCCGCAUGGAGAGACGGUCGUCUCUCGGGCCAUGGGUGCGUCGGGCACCGGGAACGGCGACUCGUUCCUGCGCAUCAGCGCCGCUCGAACCGUUGCCGCCAUGGCGAGAUGGAAGCCUGAGAGCACAGCCAGGGCCUUGACAAAUGUCGUUGGUCCUGGUGGGGAGUUGCAGCGCAGCGCCGGCGACAGAUGGGGACGUACCGGCGAAGGUGAGGGAGGCAUGAUUGGGAUUGAGAGCAUCGUGGAGAGGGAUGCAAAGAGUGGCCAGGUUGUGCGCGUCCGUUCAGAGAUUGUCAUGGACUACAACUGCGGGGGAAUGUAUCGCGCUUGGGUUGAUGACCAAGGGAGGGCCAGGAUGAGCAUUUGGAGCAACGUCGGUGAGGAUCCUGAGAACCGGGUAUGA